GAUCCACCACACACAGACACAGUUGGUGACUCUGCUAGAGAUUGCAGAUUACAGAGAGAGAGAGAGAGAGAGAGAGUUUUUCCUUAUUGGAAUUCCAUGGCGAAUGGAUAGAAUAGCUUAACCAACCAAAAUGCUCCAAUCUCACAUUUUCUCUUCACUCACUGUUCCACUCCACUCAAAGCCACGUCAUCCCUCACACAUUUCCUUCUCUUCAUUUUUUUCUUGUUCUUGUUCUUGUUCAUCUUCUUUUCCAAUACGACGCCGUUUGGUCAAUCCUCGCAAAACAAAUCUCAAGCACCUCACUUCUCGCAUAGUUCAACUCACUCGCCGAAAACAGCUUCGCCAGAUUAUGCAUGAAAUUGAGGUCGCUAAGAAACAUUUUGGGAAGUUGAAUACGAUAGUGAUGAAUGCGGUCAUAGAAGCUUGUGUGCGUUGCGGUGACAUCGAUUCAGCUCUUAAGAUUUUCGAAGAGAUGAAAAAUCCCGAAGCUUGUGGUGUUGAUACUAUCACCUAUGCUACGCUUUUGAAGGGGUUAGGCAAGGCACGGAGAUUUGAUGAAGCUUUUCGAUUGCUUGAAUCUGUCGAAAAUGGUACUGCUGCGGGAAGUCCAGAGUUGUCAGCACCAUUGGUCUUUGGUUUGCUAAAUACCUUAAUAGAAGCAGGAGACUUGCGUCGUGCAAAUGGCCUCCUUGCCUGUUAUGGUUUUGUUCUUCGUGAAGGCGGACAUUUUUCAGUCUCAGUAUACAACCUACUAAUAAAGGGGUAUAUAAACGCAGGCUGUCCUCACACUGCAAUAAACAUGCACACUGAAAUUUUACAUCAAGGAAUAAUGCCUGAUAGGCUGACGUAUAACACACUACUUUUAGCAUGUGUUCAGUGUGAAAAGUUGGAUGUUGCCAUGCAAUUAUUUGAGGAAAUGAAGGGAAAAGCAAAAGAACUCAUCCACCAUGAUCUGUUUCCAGAUAUCAUUACAUACACCACAUUGCUCAAGGGUUUUGGGCAGGCAAAGGAUCUUGUUUCAGUUGUGCAAAUAGUGCUGGAAAUGAAAUCAUGUUCCGAGUUAUACAUUGAUAGAACUGCUUACACUGCAAUAGUUGAUGCUUUACUAAAAUGUGGCUCAGUUAAAGGUGCUCUGUGUAUUUUUGGAGAAAUACAGAAGCUGGUUGGUCGGAAUCCAGAGUUCAGACCAAAGCCUCAUCUCUAUCUUUCCAUGAUGCGUGCCUUUGCUUUUCGAGGAGAUUAUGGUCUAGUUAAAAAUUUGCAUAAGCGGAUUUUGCCAGAUACUGCAGGAACUAUCUUACCAGUUUCCCAAGAAGAAGCCGACCACCUUCUAAUGGAAGCGGCCCUUAACGCUGGCCAGGUUGAUGUUGCUAUUAAAACUCUUACAUAUAUUGUUUCAAAAUGGAAGGGCAUAUCCUGGACAAGUCAUGGAGGCAUGGUUGCUUCUCGUAUUGAGGCCUUAUUGGGAUUCUCAAUAUCUCUAUUCAGUCCUUUCUUACUUCCUCAGGUUUCACCUUCUGAACUGGUUGAGGGUUUCAUGAUACCAUUUGAAGCAACACGGCCACUACAAGGUACCAUAAAGCUGAAGGAUGUGGUAACACGUUUCUAUAAUGAUGCGGUUGUUCCUAUUGUAGAUGAGUGGGGCAGUUGUACAGGGCUGUUGCACCGCGAAGACUGCAAUCAGUUGGAUGCUCCACUUUCAACAAUGAUGAGAAGCCCUCCUCCCAGAGUUACGACUUCAACAUCUGUUGGUCAUGUAAUUGAUUUAAUUUUGACGAAGCAUUACCCAAUGGUUAUCAUUGUAAAUUACACCAACACUUAUGCUACUUCAUACGGCUGUAGAGCAGUUGGAGUUUUCACAUUAGACCAAUUGAAUAGGCUUAUCAAACCUGUAUCUGAAGUGAAAGACACAGACCUUUCACUCUGCAGAAGAUAGUAAGAUAACAUGUUUAGUUGGGCACUAAAAUCUAAAAUUUAAACUUUAGUGGUAUAAAAAAAUGCAUUAGUUUAAAAACGAUGAGUUUCCACUGCGGGAAAAUGAAAAUUUUCUAGUUUGCUCUGAAUGCCUAGGACUGUAUUUUUCUCAAAUGAUUAUGGGGGAUUCAUUAUGCCAGCUUAAACCUCAUUCUUAAAUAGGUAAUAGGGUGUUCAGUUGCAGAUAAACCAAAUUCUUGUUAUAACGAAAGUCCUCAAGAAGAGUAGUAGAAAUGUGCAAGUUUAUUGCCUUGAAGGAGAAUCAGAAUCGAACCACAAGAAAAUCUCAAAGGUGCUCGAAGCUAAGGAAGAUAAAAUCGUUGAAGGAGGAGUCCCUGUUAAUUAUUGCUUUUGGACCACCUUAGUGGAUGGUUUAUUUUUAAAUUAUUUCAGUUUUUUAUUCUAGUCAACAAGUGGUUUCUACAUUUUAGGAGAAAGUAGUUUUUGUUAUCCCACAUUCCUAGUUUUGUGGUGGUGUUUGUUUUGAUUUUAAAAACACUAUGUGUAUUGUUAGAGUGAAUAAAAGAAUUCAAUUUCCCCAA